GCUUCUGAUCGCAUUUAAGCGGCGUCCGGUGUUGAGCGAUGAAGGUGGAUCUGUCAGAGAAUCCGGAGCACUCGGGACGCAAUCGUAAAGCGAUGAAGAUCCUGUUGGCGGUGGCUUGCCUGGUCGCGUUGGCCGCAACUUUAGAGAACGACAACCUCACCGUCACCGAUCAAGUAUUCCUGGACGUCAUGAUAAACGAUCAUCCAGCGGGAAGAAUCGUCGUCGGGUUAUUCGGCGACGUCGUCCCUAAGACGACGAAGAAUUUCAUCGCUUUGGCCACUUAUGGGGUAGGAGGGAAAACGUACAAGGGUAGCAGGUUUCAUCGAGUAAUUAAGAAAUUUAUGGUGCAAGGCGGAGACAUAGAGAAUGAUAACGGCACUGGAUCGAUCAGCAUUUAUGGAAAAUACUUUGACGACGAGAAUUUCGAUAUUGGACACAAUGGACCCAUGUACGUGAGUAUGGCGAACGCCGGGAAGGAUACGAACGGCUGUCAGUUCUUCAUUACAACUGUGCCCACACCGUGGCUGGAUGGGAAACACACUGUAUUUGGAAAGGUAAUCCAAGGGGAGGAUGUAGUUUUCAAGAUCGAACAGACGAAAACGGAUGCUGACGAUGUGCCGAUUAAACCUGUGAUCAUCUUCGAAUGUGGGUCUCUCCCUACCUCCUCUCCAUUUAAAGUGGACGACAACAUUUACAAUAUUUGGGCGUGGAUAAAAGCAACGUCUAUACCAUUGAGUUUCAGCUUCUCGAUUCUCGCCUUUUUCCACUAUAUCAUGAAGAAAUUAGAUGUUGAUUAACUGUCUCAUAGUUACAUACAAAUACAUCAAAUUUUUAAAUUCGAGAAGAACAAAAAUUAUAAUUCGAUGGAUCGUAUCAUCGGAAAAGUCGACGAUCAAAAUUUUACUUGAAAAUUUUAUAAUUAUUAAAAAGAGAGGGAAAUAAGAAGACAAAAGUAUUCAUCUAAAAUAAAUCUACAAAGUUAAAUUGGGGUCUGAAACUACGAAGAGUUAGGCUUGCAAAUUAUGAUCUGCUAGUAUUUGUUCUAACGAAAAAAAAUUCAAUUAAAUCGCAACACUAGCACAGGUAAUGAACUACUAUUGCCAUCUAGCAGCAACUCGAUGACACUGUUCUCUCGCAUUUGCAGUUAAGAAAUAUGCAAAUAUUUAUCUUACCUGAAUAAUUCGCGUUCUUUGUCUAACACCUCCAUCAUUCUGUAAUCCUAUUAACAUCCUAUGAACAUCAGCAGCAAUAGGAGCUAAAACUAUGAUCUCGUAUCAUCUUCAGUCUUCUUUAUACGAUUUUCAACCAUACUUGAAAACCUCCAUCAUAAUUCUAACUUCCCAUUCGUUUCUAAGCAGAGUAUUAACAGCAAAAUUAAACUAAUAAAUAAAGGAUGAAGUCA